CUCACGUUUUUACGUCGCUACCGAUACGACGUACCUCGUACUAGUUUCGGACCAUUCGGAGGUCCUUCAUCAGGGUGAGUGUGGUGGGUUCGCGAUAACGUCCCACCUCUUACUGCGGACUUGGCCUCGUAGUGUGUAAUGAACAUUGUGAGUACAUUCUGUGCACCGGUGGACACCAAUAAUGAUACAGUGUCAGUGAUACCGUGCUCAUCAUCACCGGCGCUCCCCGCACGCCUUGUCCACCCGCGCACUACGAGCCCGAGUCCGCAGUUAGAGGUGAGACGUUUUCGCGAACCUACCACAUUCAACGUGAUGAAGGACUUGCGAAUGGUCCGAAACUAGACGGUACCGACACCGAUAAAAACAAAAAUAAAAAAGCUUCCAAGUGCGAGUCGUAUUCGCCCGUGAAGAGUUCUGUAACAGCAAGUGACAUUGACUGAAAGAAUAACACGUGGAGUCCCAAUGGCGAGGAAUCGAUCUGGCAAAAAGUUGAAGGUCAAUCAAUGUCAUUAUACGCGGCCUACUACGACCACAGGGCACCUCAACACUACAUACGAAUUCUCGGCAUAUUUCGCGGUCGUAACCCAACUUCAAUGGACCAGCUAUUUUGUCAAAUGCGUUCAUUGUCCGGAGAAGAUAUUGUUGAGGUUGUCGCAGCAAAACCACUGGAAAUAUGGUGGCAUGAAUGGGAUAAUACUUCGUUGGAAGUUGAAACACCACUUCUUCUCUCUUGUCCGUUGAUGGAACCUUUAAAAGAAACCUCUAUAGUUUCGAUAAUUACAGAACCAUGUAACGACCCAGUUAAUGCAUUCAUUGUCAAGCGAAAACAUACAGUUAAAUAUGAAAGAUCAUUCACAAUAUGUGUUAAGGAUAUGAACUUUCAAAACGAUAUAUCAGAUAGUUUAUUAGAAUGGAUAGAAACAAACAGACUACUUGGUGCGGAAGCUAUAGACAUGUACCUCGAUAGCGUACAUAAGAACACUGAAGCAAUUCUGCAGUUCUACCAGUCAAUAGGAUUCGUAAGGCUUUUCAAAGUUCCUAUAAAAAGUAAUCCAGAAAGAUCUUUGUGGCAAAGAAGAAGGGAUCAUAUCAUUUCGUACAACGACUGUUUGUAUAGGAAUUUAAUUGAAUCAAGUUUUUUAAUACCACUUGAUAUAGAUGAAGUUAUAAUACCUAAAAUAGCAUAUACUUGGUCUCAUCUUGUGAAUAGACUCAGUCGGCAAGGCUGGGACUCCUAUCAUCAUUCUGCUAUUUUAAUACGUAAUGUAUUCUUCUUUAAAUCAAUGCAAGAUAGAAACAAACAUAAAUACAAGAGUGCUAACAGAAAACGAAAAAAAAUAUACGAUAAACGCGAUGAUGUGCGAAUAAUAGAUAAUGAUUUUGAAAAUAAUGAUAUAGAUAUUACAGAAAAAAGUGACAAUAAUAUCGAAGAAAACGACAAUGAAGACUUCAAAAGAGGUAUUGUUGCAUGUGGUAAAGAAAUCGCCAUGCCAAAAUUGGCUCACCAUACAGUCAGAUCAGCCACUAUAAGUCCAAUAGGGCAUUACAGUAAAAGCUUUAUGUUGACAAAUAGGGUUUUAACAGCAUUUAAUCACUACCCACUUGCAAGCGUUGGCUCAAUGGGAUUUACAGCUUGGGCGGCACCAUUGAAAGAAGUCCAAUUGAAUCAUUAUAAGGAAUCGUGCAAUGUGACAGUGGUAUCAGAAUGUGGUCAAUACACGCAGCGCGGCCGCUUGGACGAAUCAGCACUCCGUUUAAAUCGACGACUCACGCGAGCUCUCAAGAACGCGCUGUGCCUGCAAAAUAAAAACACUUCGCUCUAUACUUGUGUUUUCUUUUCAUAUUACAAAGACAUGUCGCCGACUAUUACUAUUUUCUAUACAGUCGUUCAACAUUGCGUAACAACCAGUGGGAGGCUCCUUUGCACAGGAUGCCGGCUAGAUUAUGGGUACCACAACGGCGCCUAUUUCAGCCGUGAAGCAGUAAUGUGUAAGCGUUACUGUGUUUCGGUCUGAACUCUGAAAGGCGCCGUAGCUAGUGAAAUUACUUGGCAA